ACUCAUGACAUUUUCAUCUAAAUCAGGGUAUCAAUCUAUCUGUUGGUCUCUGGAGCUCGAUGCCUACAUAGACCAUGAACCCAGACAACAGGCUUGGUGCCCCUCUGCCUUCGCUUUCAACACUAGGUGGCAGUGAUGUGAUGGAACUGUUUACAAUCUUAUCGACUGCAAAUGGAGUUGAUGGAGCAGAGGGGGUCCUCCAGCUGUCAGACACCCCAGGAACAGUAGCCCUGGGUGGGCCCGACGCAGAGCUCCAUCUCCCUGCUGCUACUGGAGGAUUAGGAGGAGGAGAAGGACUGUGUGUAGGAGAAGGAGGAGGAUUGUUGGAGGGCGUUGGCAUGCUUUACCAAACCCCGCUCCUCACCACGGUGCCUGUGCCCCUGAUCCUGCUGCCGGACAACAACCCCCCUGCCCUCCAGCAGGUGGCACCAUCACCUGCCAUGAAGCCCAAGAAGCGCACCAAGAAGCCUCCGAAGCCCAGGGACCUCAACACGUUCAGUGAAAAGUACCGCCGUCUGAUGGAGAAGAUGGAGCAGGACGGGCUACUGCCACCUAUGUUCGGGGAGGGGAAGGCCACCAGAAGUGGCAGCACCACCACCACCACCAGCAGACCCCACACAACUGACUACAGCAGGAGAACCUCAACUGCCUCCGCCAAGGCCUACUGUUCCUCUUCUCCCAGAGGUGGUGGUCCAGGCACUGACAGGAAGAGCAUCAUCGGCCAGACGGCGCUAGCCAGAGGUCACAGCGACAACAGCAUCUCGCCAAACGAGACCCAACAGGCGAUGAUGAUUGAAGAUGCGCCCCACUGUGCAGCGGCGACACAUGUGGCCCACCAGCACCAGGCACUGCCGGGGAUGAUGUGCGGGGGAGACGUAGUCCAAUGUGCAGCAGCAGCGGCCGGCCUGACCUCUGCCCCCUCCCCAGACAGCUGGGUGCUCUUACCCCCUCUGCCGCAGCAGCAGCAGCAGGCCAUGCCUGAGUGGGGGAUGGAGGUGGGACUAGGAGAGCCCCCUGGCUUCCUGGAGGCUGAAAUGCAGCUGGCGUUCCCGGAUGUGCUGUUGGAGCCGGAGAGUGAAAGACAGGAGGGGCUCCUCCUGACCACCUACCCCGCGCUGCUUUUGGAGGAAGGCGGGAGAGAGGGGGCGGCAGGUGUGGAACCGACAGGCUCUAUGACCCUGCUGGACUGGGCCCUCCUCACCAACAUGUUGCCCGAACACACCCCCCUAUACCAGCCAUCCACCCCCACCACACCCCAUGACAAUCAGCACGGCAACCCUCUGUUGCAUCACAAUGCGUGGGCAGUGCCUCACAAUGGGGAAGCUGUCUGUCAUGGCACCUUUGGCUCUGCAAUGGCUGAGGAUAUGGUGAUUGACGGCCAAAGGGAACCAAUGGGGAAGCAGAACCCGCAGGGGCCAUCUGGGGAAUGUGUCACCUGUGGGAACAGUGACGGAUGUGACCUUGCUUGCUACUACCUGAAGCAGGUGACCGAGGGUGGAGGGGUGGCAUAACAUAACAUCCCCACCACAAAGAGAGACAGAGAGAGAGAGACAAAUAUGAAAACUAUUUUUUUUUCAUUAAAUGAUUUUAGUAGCCAGACCGAUGUUUGCAGUUCAUUUUUCUGUGUUGCCUACUAACUAAAAAUGAAUAA